UGAUUGAAUGGCUGAAUAGACUUGAUGGGCCGAAUGGCCUAAUUCUGCUCCUAUCACUUAUGAUCUUGUGACUAAAGGAAUAGACAUGUUGGUGAUGGCAGGAAAUGUAUGGGGCAUCAACGUGACUUGUCUGUCUCUGCUCCUCAGCCAUCAAAAGAGGAAAGGAAAAUGCCCAAGGAAUCAUUAUGUUACCUCUGCAGUUCCAAUAACUGUUUCAGUACGUGCGAGUCAUCUGAACCUAGUGCUACUUCCCUUUUGGUUUGUUUUUGUGUGGAGGCAGAUGCCUAAGGUUGGAACUUUGCCAGAUGCAUCGUCAUUUCAGUGGUGUCCAGUCAUCAGAAGUCAAACCAGAAGGGAACUUUUUUCCUCUGUUCGAAACUAUAAUUGCAAUAGCUGUGCCUCUUGUACACAUUUCAUCGAGACGCGAGAUAUGUGGUUGUGAUUGCAGAGACUGUAGUUCAAACAGCGAGGGAGCGUAAAAUGGCAGAUCUUUACCAUUCAGAUUCUGAAAUCAUCUCAUUACAAGACUACAUUUGUUCUUUGAACAUUUCCACUCUUCCCAGAAUUCUGGAGAUCCAUUCUGGAGUUUACUUCCAAGGAUCAGUCUAUGAAAUAUCAGGAAAUGAGUGCUGUUUGUCAACAGGAGAAUUUAUUAAAAUAAUUCACAUCGAGCUGCAGAAGGUUGGCUGCAACAAUUUGGACAAUGAUUCCACAUUCGACCUCCCACUGAACUACCCAGGGAACUUUGUGCUUAUUCCUGAAGGAGAUCCUUACACCUCAGUUGAAGAAAUUAUUCAAGCAAAAGAACUUGUGAGACAGAACUCAGAAGAAAUCACGUUUUGCUCCAUGACUGAUAUCAUCACUGACCAAUAUACCAUUAGGAGCAGAGAACCCAUAACAGUUAUUUCAACUGUGGUUCAAGCGGGACAGAGGUUUGCAGAUUGCAUUGUUGACGGCAAUCUUGAGCAGCUGCAUGUAAUGCUUCCAUUUGUGUUAAAAGGCCAGUUUAACGAAUGUGAAGAUGAUAAGCUAUUUACAGUCAAUGACAUAAUUGAGUCCCAAACUCUGACAAGAAGGAAAGUAAUGCUGGCUGAAACUGAAGGAAUCAACACACCCUACCAUUGUAAAGGCCCGCUGAUCAUUUCACCUGUAUAUGAAAUUCAAGCAAUUAUGAAUUUCAGGAAAGAGGCUGUGAAAAUACCCUCAACUUUGGAGGUUGACGUGAGGGACGUCACAGAGGAACAGAAAAAUAUUACAUUCAUCAUACCAAUGUCACUGACUGAUAUUGCCAACCAAUCUCACCAGAUGCUUCCAAUAAUGGCUAAAAUCUUGGAUGCCCCAGACCAGCAAGCCCCUUUCAUGUCUGAAUGGUUUCAUUCGCUUAGGAAGGAGAGAAAUAUAAUAAUUUACAACAAAGUGGUAUUGAAGAAAAUCCUGGCGACAUCUGUGCGGAACAAGAUCAGCCGGCAUUUCUUAAUCUCUGAUAAUUACAAGGGGACUUUCAGACGGCGUCCUAGGGAAUUCCCAACAGCGUUUGAUCUUUGCGAAGCUUGCACCCAAGAUGACCCAUUGUACGUUGUGGUUACGAAAGACUGCACGUGGAAUGAAGAUGGACUAUCUUCCCUUUGUAUUGGGGACCACUUGGUUACGAUGUUUAAGACUACUUCACAAGUGGUCAUUGGUGGUGCUCCUCAGAAUAUGGAUGUGCUUGCAUGUAGUAAGAUCCCAGAAGAAGAAGAUGAUGAUGAUGAUGAUGAUGACGGGGAGAAGGAGAAGGAUGUGAGUGAGCCACUUAUGCUUCCUCAUUAUUUGGAGGGUCAUUUUGUAGAAGAAAUCCAUGACACAAAGAAAUACAAAAUCUCAGAAAUAUUUGCCAAGUUCAAAUUCCCAAUCGACGUGAAGGUCGCAUCUAAAGAUCAGUCCUUACCAACUGAUUCUUUAACAUCCUUCCCAACAAUCAAACUGGAGAAGAUAUUAGAGGUGCCUACUUUAAUUGUCAGUUUUCAGGAGAAAUCAUCGGAGUGCUUUGCGAUUCCAAUAGAAUGGGUGACCAUGAAUAUCCAAGUCCUGGAAGACUACGCUGGAAAAGAUUGCAGUUACGAAAGCACUGCCCCAGUAGAGGAGCUGACCAACUUCAUGUACUAUAACCUGUGGAAAGUUUCUUCUCCAUCUCAUUGUCCUCCACCUCGUCCACCUAAACGACUAAAGGCAGGAACCCUUUCACCAGCUCCUGCCCCAGCUCGAAAACCUUCUCAUUCUCCUGUUCCAGGUGACAAGCAGCACCAACGACCUUUGCUUCCUAAGAGACAAUCUAUGAACCCAAUAUCUAACGUCACCAAGAGCAAAGAAUUGCCAUUAAGCUCAGAAAAACUCCCUUUCAAGCAGCAGAGUAAAGCUGCUCCCAAUGAAUAUGCAAAACCUAAAAAAAUGAAAGAAAAGAAAACUGCUGAACCUCCUGAAGUGCAGAAGUUAAAUUACGACAGUGACCAUGACUAUGAACAACUCAUAGAAGGCUCUCAACGCGACUCGGACAAUGAUUAUGAAUCGAUAGAAGAUUGCACCCAAAUUGCUUUACAAGCAAUGAAAAUAUGGACACCAUAGGUUUUGAAAAUUAAACAACGUAAUGGAUGCUUUGAGAAUGGUGAAGGAACAGCUCGCUGAGGAAACUGCAUCUAGCUGACAAGUUUAGUUUCAUUAAUUUAAGUAAUUGUUGAGUUCGAAAAUAUAACAUGCUUUGGACGGAAAUCAUCUUUUGAAGAUAAAGCAAAGAAAACAGCAACUCUCAUUUUCACAUACUGACAAAUCCAGAUCAACAUUUUAGCACGAUAGAUAGCAAUAAAGCAAUAUUUCAUUGACCUUAACUUUGAAAAACAGUUAAAAGAAACACUGAUGGCAUUUUGUUGUCAGAUGGAAAGACUUGUAAUGGUGAUUCAAAAGCAAAGUGGUUUGUAAUAUAUUUGCAGUGUUUUGCCCUUCUGUGCUAGUUCUUUUGAAUUAGCUUUCAACACCAUUCUUUUCAAGCAGUACAAUCCAAAUAUUUAUCUGAAAUAGAGCAGAAAUUAUGUAUGCAUAGAAUGAGCAGGAAAUCAAUUUAUUUUAGUUUUAGUUUUUGAGAUAGAGCGUGGAAACAUGUGAGGCUGGGAAAGUACAUUUCGGACCCGCAGACCCUCAGCAGAGGAGCAUCGCAAAGCUGCGUACUCUCCCCUCUCCUCUACUCUCUCUGCACCAAUGACUGCACCUCCACUGACUCCUCUGUCAAGCUUCUCAAGUUUGCGGACGACACAACCCUGAUUGGACUGAUCCAGGAUGGGGAAGAAUCUGCCUGCAGACAGGAAGUGGCACAGCUGGUGCCAUCGCAACAAGCUGGAGCUCAAUGCUUUUAAGACAGUGGAAUUGGUAGUAGAUUUUAGGAGAGCUCCCCCUCCCCUCACCCCACUCACCAUCAACAACACCAGUCACAUCUGUGGAGUCUUUUAAAUUCCUGGGAACCAUCAUCUCUAAGGACCUUAAAUGGGGGGCUACCAUCGACUCCACAGUCAAAAAGGCACAACAGAGGUACUUCCUGCGGCAGCUGAGGAAGCACAAUCUGCCACAGGUAAUGAUGGUCCAAUUCUCUACGGCCAUCGUAGAGUCUGUUCUCACCUUCUGCAUCAUGGUCUGGUUUGGCUCAGCCACCAAGCACGACAUCCAAAGGCUGCAGCAAAUCAUCCGAUCAGCUGAGUAGGUUAUUGGCUGCAACCUUCCCUCCAUUGAUGAACUGUACACUGCGAGGGCCAGGAAGUGAGUGGGCAAGAUCAUCUCUGACCCCUCUCACCCUGGCCACAAACUCUUUGAAUCACUUCCCUCUGGAAGGCGACUCUGGACUGUCAAAGCUGCCACAGCCAGACAUAGAAAGAUAGAAAAUAGGCCCUUCGAGCCUGCGCCGCCAUUCAAUAUGAUCAUGGCUGAUCAUCCAACUCAGUAUCCUGUUCCUGCCUUCUCUCCAUACCCCCUGAUCCCUUUAGCCACAAGGGCCACAUCUAACUCCCUCUUAAAUACAAUCAAUGAACUGGCGUCACCUACCUUCUGCGGCAGAGAAUUCCACAGAUUCACCACUCUCUGUGUGAAAAAAGUUUUCCUCAUCUCGGUCCUAAAAGAUUUCCCCCUUAUCCUUAAACUGUGACCCCUUGUUCUGGACUUCCCCAACAUCGGGACCAAUCUUCCUGCAUCUAGCCUGUCCAACCCCUUAAGAAUUUUGUAAGUUUCUAUAAGAUCCCCCCUCAAUCUUCUAAAAUAGCUUUUUUCCACAAGUAGUAGCUCUACUCAAAAACCAAAAUCUGUAGCCUCCUUUUGCACUGGUAUUUUACUUAAUUUACAUGUUUAAUCAAUAAUGUUUUAUUAUUAAUGUUUAAUGUUCUAUGUGUCAUUCCUAAUUGUCACUGUAUGUCGUUGUCACUUGUGGGCAGAGCACCAAGGCAAAUUCCUUGCAUGUGAAUAGUUGGCCGAUAAACGUAUUCAUCCAUUCAUUCAUUCAGGCCACCAAGUCCAUGCCGACCAGCGAUCACCCGUACACUAGUUCUAUCAUACACACCAGGUACAAUUUACAAAAGCCAAUUUGGAGAAAACCAGAGCACCCAGAGAACACCCACAUAGUCACAGGGAGAAUGCAAACUCCGUACAGACAGCACCAGUAGUCAGGAUUGAACCUGGGUCUUUGGCGCUGUAAAGUAGCAACUCUACUGUUGCUUCACUGUGCUGCCAACAUAUUUCUUGUGUGAAAAGGAGAUAUUCCACAGGGAUUUUAGUACAAUUUCAUAAAGCCUGUAUUAAAUGGUUAGCAAUCCAUAAUUGUCAAUGAAGGACUCUUCUGAAUUCUCUGGGGUGGAAGGAACCCUCUCCAAGACAGACGUGAAGCUCACCGUUUGACCUGUUUUUACAAAAUGUUAAAUGGUCAGCUCGACAUAGACUACAAGACCUACACCAAACCCAAACCAAUUAGGAGCAGACAAGGGCAUUCGAUCCAAUUUGUGAUCCCAGCUACAAAGACAGAUGUAUACAGCAAUUUGUUCUUCCCCCGCACAAUUAAAGCAUGGAAUAAUCUCCACCCAACUAUAGUUACCCAACCAGUGCAACUAAAUUUAAAGUAGCUCUUUCUUCCCAAUAACCCUUUCUGGCUUAAGCCCUCCCUUCACCACCUCCAGUUUAAAUUCCAUUUGGAAUAUUUUGGAGGACCAAGAAACCAAGAAGUAUUAAAAAGGUUAAUUGAGGUACUCUGUCCAGUUACAAAUUUGGAUUUACAGUAAUUUAAGGCCUAAUGCCAUAUAACUAGUAAUCAAGAUUGUUAAAAAGUUGUCUGACAUUGUUUAUGUUCAACUAUCACAACUUUGUGAAAACCAGUAUAUUGAUUUUAUUUGCCUAGAUUUAUUAAAGCUGAAAGUAAAAAUACAGGCUAUUACCACCUCAAUCAAUCAAUCAGUUUAUUCGUCACUUGCACAUAAAGUGCAAGUGAAAUGAAUUUGCCAGCAGCGGUACAAUGAAAAACACAAUAAGAAUUUAACAUAAACAUCCACCACAGUGAUGAAUAAUGUGGUGGAUGUUUAUGUUAAAUUCUUAUUGGGUUUUGGCCAGUCCUCCUCCAUUUUCCCCCAUGAUCGGGACCUCAACCCUCUGCAGCGGCCGCUGCGGGCGUCCAGAUGAGGAGACAGGUAAAAGUCCAGGUAAGUCCUGAAACAGUGCCUCCCCACCGGAGACCGUGGCUUCAGGUUAGCGUAGGCUGCAGGCCGGAGGUCGAAGAUUUAAAGUUUCCGCCACGCUGCAGCCAGAAGCACUGCAGGGCCGGCGGUCAGAGCUCCCCUCCAGGGGUCCCCGGCAAGGGACCCCGCUCCUGAUGGAAAGUCCACGCCGCGCCCGCGGUAGAAGUUGGCCGUGGGCUGGUGGUCGGAGAUCUUCCCCUCCCGGGUCCCCAACGAGGGAUCCCAGGCCCAGGACUCCACGCCGCUGCAGACCCCGGCUUCAGGCUGGCGCGGGCCAGCGAAUGGAAUGCUCCUUUCCGGCAAGGGCUCGCCCGCUCCGCAACGAGAGUCCACACUACCCCCUUUGACAGUUCAUUCAACAAAGUACAAAGCCAAAACCUUGAUUCCAAGAUAGUUUGCAAAAAUAAAAUAGAAGGCUUGGGCAAUUUCCAUGGCCUUAUAU